CCGCGUAAGCUUCUCUCCAAUAAAAAAUAGCUUUUAUCCCGUUAGAGACAGCGUUAACUCUUUUAAUCUCCACGAGUGGAUGCGCAUCAACGGUUCCACUCUUCUCCAGCUAAGGUUUUUCAUCGGCAUUUUAGCUAUGCUCCUCACAGCAGUUGUCGAUUGUUAAGGGCUGAGCUUGUGUGUUGGAGAUCUGCAAAUAAAGUUCAUUUCUCGAUUUUGUCCUGUUUAUUCAUUUUUGGGUAUUUUCGAUUGAAUUUUAGUUAUCUUGAAUGUUUAAUUCCUUAGUUUGAAUUGCUUGUAGUAGGAAUAUUAUCUUGUUUGUUUAAUUCGUUAGUUAUAAGUUUGUCGAAGAAUACAAACAGAACAAAAUAUGCGAUUUUGACAAAAUGACAGAGAAAUUCAUGUUCACAUCUCACAUACCUUCAACAAUGAACGAACAUCACCAUUAACGGCCUUCAAAGACGAAUCAUCAACGAUUCAGGAGGUCUGAGCUUUAGGGUUUCGUGUCGUGGCAAAGAGGGUUUCAAGCUCCACCAAGGUCCAGACCCCAGACGCAGCUAACAGGGAAGAUAAACGUCUGUUUGAAUCGCUCUUAAAAACAUUAUUUACCCAAUACCGAAAAUACCCUUAUUAAUUUGCCUAUAUUAAUUAGACAAUUUUUAAGUCGUAGCAAUGUAGCAUUUGGAAAUGUAAUUUAAUUUCAACAUCUUCAUCUUUGCAGUAUGCCGAGAGGGGUUUUCGUGGGGUUUAUCUUUCUCUCUUCCCCUUUUCAAAGGUUAACGAUGUUUUUGGUGGGCGUAAGGGAUUAGAAAUCAGCUGGCAUGGCCAUCCCUGAGUGACGUGGAUGGAAAGAUGGGACUGAAAUAAAGUAAGCAAAUUUUCUCAUUGGGAAGUUGGUGGGGUAGAUUUGUUUUUCUUGCUUCUUUACAGUGGUGUUCUAUGCUUGUAUUUCCAGGUUAAAUUUUAAUAGAUAUUUUUAAUGUGAUAGGCAUGCAUUGUCAUUUUGUUGGGCUUUAUGUUCACUCUUGAUCCUUUUUAGAUGUACGUUCUUUGUUGUGAAAAAGUAUUCCUUUUUAUCUAAAUAAUAUGUUAUAGAUCUUGUUUAAUCCCUUAAUCAAGGAAGGAAAGUAAAUGAUUUGAAUUUGAGAAAGAAACGAUGAAGCCUGUACAGUUAAAAACACAGUUAAAACACCUGAUUGUUUUAAGUCUCUAAAGUGUCCCAUUUUAUCUCACCUGUGUUGAAAUUCUUCUGUUUGUCAACCUACUACGACAACCAAAUAAGCUUGAUCUACUAGGUCUUCGGGAUAUAUCCAACAUGUUUUGCACCAAGUAAAUCAGCUUAGUUUUUAAUACAUAAAAUCUCUCUACAUGUCAAUUAUGAGUGGAUUUCUUAUGCUGGUGGGAAUGGAAAUUUGGAUAUAUUUGUUAUUGUACCUGUAGAUUAGCAAUGAAACCAGCAAAUAAUAUUUGGAUUCAAAAGGAGCAAUGCCCCUGUGGAGACUGGAAGUGUUUUAUCAAAUAUGAAGGGGAGGAACAAGGUCAAGCUUGUCAACCAACAAAAAAUGGGACAUCAUUAUCAUCUUCUUCUGAAGUUGUCUUUGCACCUUAUGUGGGUCAGAUUUUUAAAAGUGAUGACGAAGCUUUCGAGUACUACAUUAACUUUGCUCGAAGGAAUGGGUUUUCAAUCAGGAAAGCACGAUCUACUGAAAGCCAUAAUCUUGGUGUUUACAGAAGGGAUUUUGUUUGUUAUCGUUCCGGAUUCAAUCAACCUAGGAAAAAAGUUAAUGUAGAGCAUCCCAGAGACCGCAAAUCAGUACGCUGUGGAUGUGAUGCAAAAUUAUACUUGACUAAGGAAAUCGUGAAUUGUGUUACACAGUGGUAUGUUUCCCAAUUCAGUAAUGUACAUAACCAUGAAUUGCUAGAAGAUGAUCAAGUGCGUUUGCUUCCUGCAUACCGGAAAAUACAAGAAGCUGAUCAAGAACGGAUUAUUUUACUCUCCAAAGCUGGGUUUCCUGUUAAUAGGAUAAUCAAGAUCUUGGAACUGGAAAAGGGUGUUCAACCUGGGCAACUGCCUUUCAUAGAGAAAGACAUUAGAAACUUUCUCCGUAAUUGCAAGAAAACAGUUCAAGAAAAUGAUGCUCUUCUUACUGAGAAAAGGAUAACUGAUAUGAUGGAGCUGCUUGAAGCUUGCAAGGCCAUGGCAGAAAGGGAUGAGGAUUUUAUCUUUGAUUUUUUAACAGAUGCAAAUGGCAAAGUCGAAAACAUAGCAUGGUCAUAUGGCGACUCUGUUCGUGCCUUUAACCUUUUUGGUGAUGCUGUUCAAUUCGACAUUACUUAUCAAUCCAUCACUUACGGGAUGCUUCUGGGUUUAUUGUCUGGUAUAGAUAAUCAUGGCAAGCCAAUUGUCUUUGCCUGUGCUCUUGUCCAGGAAGAAAAUCCCCAUGCAAUUGUGUGGGCCUUACAGACAGUUGUGCGAUUCAUGCGAGGGAGACCGCAGACGAUAGUGACUGAUCUAGAGCCAGGGUUAAGAGACUCCAUAGUAAGCGAAAUGCCUAAUACUAAACAUGUUAUAUCUUUGUGGUACAUCAUGUCUAAGCUGAGUAGUUGGUUCUCUUUGCCUCUUGGACUGAAAUAUUCGGAGUUUAAGUCCGAGUUUGAAAUGGUGUGCUAUGUGGAAAGUACAGAGGAUUUUGGACAUCUCUGGAGUCAUUUGAUCACAAAAUUUGGACUUGGGUCGGAUAAACACAUCUCUCUUUUAUGGUCAUGUCGAGCAUGCUGGGCUUUUUCAUUUAUUAAGGACUGCUUUGUCGCCCGAAUCACAACAGCUGAAUACAUGAGAUCCGUUGAUAGUUUCCUGAAAGGCGUCUUGAAUGAGCAAACAUGCUUGCAAGUCUUCUUUGAGCAGGUUGGACUUGCUGCAAAGUUGGGUUAUGGAGCCAAGGAGGAUUUACCUUUUGUACAUCUCAAGACGUGCAUGCCUGUUGAGGAACAUGCACAAGGCAUCCUUACUCCAUAUGCCUUUAGUGUGUAUCAGCAUGAACUCGUGUUGUCUGUGCAAUAUGCAAUCAUAGAAAUGGCCAAAGGAUCCUAUGUCGCGCGCCAUUAUAAGAAAGUUGAAGAAGAGUAUCUUCUAUUAUGGAUUCAUGAAGGUGAGCAAAUCCACUGCUCGUGUAAGGGAUUUGAACAGUCAGGAGUCCUGUGCAGGCAUGCUCUUCGACUAUUUGUUACUAAGAAUUAUUUUCAACUUCCAUACCAUUAUUUUCCAAUUAGGUGGAGAUGGGAAAAUUCUUUUUUACCUAUGGAUCAGGAAAGUUCUCGACUGGUCAAAGAAGAGUACUAUCGUGCCUUACAUUCUCUUACAGAUACUCUUCUGACCGAGUCAUUGGUUUCUAAGGAGCGGUUUAACUAUGCCCAUAAGGAACUCACAGCACUCCUUGAUCAAAUUAAAAAUAUGCAUGUUGAUGAAGUUCCAGAAAUAUUAACUAACAAUUUUAGUGAAUCUUAAAUUUUCUCAAUAUGCCUAAUUGUUGCGGAUCAGCUGUCUACAAUAGCAAUUGCUGUGUCUAGCCAUGGUUUACAAGACAUUAGAAGAUUACAAAAAUAAGUCAAUGUAGACUACUUUGCAAAUUAAAUUGUGGUUGGAAUACGGGUUCAAGUAAAUAGAAUUGUCAGAUAUGGAGCUAUGGUGUUGCGUUGUCUUCCAUGACUUUUGUGAUGGUGUAAUGUGAAUUCUUAUAAAGGAACGUACAGGAGAAAAAAACUGCUGUUUCUGUACAAUGCAUGUUAUGUUACUGAUUCUUAAUCUUUGAGAAAUGAUUAUAUGUAGUUCUAGAUCUUGUAUUAGUUAGUUACUCUCAUUGUAAUUGAAAUUGGUGGAUAGUAAUGUACUUGUACAUCGUGGAAUCUCUUUGCUACAAGGAUCUAAUGAAUCAGUCUUUGUCAAAAAUGAUUCAGAAUAAAGUCUUCUGUUUGUCUA